UGUGUGAUACCCGCGCCAACGAAGCAACACAAAUUGAGCACAUCGAAUUGAAGUGGUGCGUGAAUGCAUGGAAGACACUGAGAUUGAGAGCGAACCCUUGUCCCGCAUGGAGCCUCCCAAAAUCCAGCGCCUGAGUGACUCCGUCGUCAACCGAAUCGCCGCCGGCGAGGUCAUUCAGCGUCCUGUCUCCGCCGUCAAGGAGCUCCUCGAGAACAGCCUCGACGCCUGCGCCUCCUCCGUCAAUCUCCUCAUCAAGGAUGGCGGCCUCAAACUCAUCCAAGUCUCCGACGACGGCCACGGAAUCCGAUUUGAGGACUUGCCGAUUCUGUGCGAGCGCCACACGACGUCCAAGCUCUCCGCGUUUGAGGACUUGCAGCGCAUCAAGUCGAUGGGAUUCCGCGGCGAGGCUCUCGCUAGCAUGACCUAUGUCGGUCACGUCACCGUCACCACCAUUACCAAAGACCAGUUGCACGGUUACAGGGUGUCCUACAGAGAUGGUGUCAUGGAGCACGAACCCAAGCCAUGUGCUGCUGUUAAAGGAACACAGAUAAUGGUUGAGAAUCUGUUCUAUAACAUGGCUGCAAGGAAGAAGACACUGCAGAAUACUUCUGAUGAUUAUUCAAAGAUUGUAGACUUGGUAAGCCGAUUUGCUAUUCAUCACAUGAAAGUCAGUUUCUCUUGCAGAAAGCAUGGAGCUGUUAGAGCUGAUGUUCACACUGUUGCCACGUCUUCAAGGCUAGAUGCCAUCAAAUCUGUUUAUGGUGUCUCAGUUGUUCGCAACCUGAUUGAAAUUGAAGCUUCAGAUGAUGAUAUGUCUUCUUCGGUUUUUGAGAUGCAUGGCUACAUGUCCAAUGCGAAUUAUGCUGCAAAGAAAAUCACAAUGGUGCUUUUCAUCAAUGAUAGACUGGUUGAGUGCUCUGCAUUGAAGAGAGCUAUUGAAAUUGUUUAUGCAGCGACAUUACCAAAAGCUUCUAAGCCCUUCAUAUAUAUCUCAAUUGUUUUACCACCCGAAAAUGUUGAUGUCAAUGUACAUCCGACAAAGAGGGAGGUGAGCCUUUUAAAUCAGGAAGUCAUCAUUGAGAAGAUACAGUCAGUGGUUGAAUCAACAUUGAGGAGUUCCAAUGAGGCAAGGACAUUUCAAGAACAAACUACUGCACAAUCUCCACUACCUCGUAUUAAUAUAAGUAAGGAGGUUGACCUCAGCCCUAUUCCAACAGGUUCAAGACCAUUGAAAGUUCCUGUACAUAAGAUGGUUAGAACAGAUUCAUUAGAUCCUGCUGGAAGAUUACAUGUCUACACACAAAUUACGUCUGAUAGAAAUCUUGAAAUGAGUGCUAGUUUGAAUGCUGUAAGGUCUUCCAUUAGACAAAGAAGGAACCCGAAAGAUUCUCUAGAACUCACAAGUGUUCAACAACUUCUUGAUGAGAUAAAUAGCAAUUGUGACCCUGGCAUGAUGGACAUUGUAAGGCAUUGCACAUAUGUUGGAAUGGCAGAUGAUGUUUUUGCUUUGCUUCAACAUAAUACCUGUCUUUAUCUUGCAAAUGUUGUGAACUUGAGGUAG